AUGGUACCCUAUUACGGCGGUCAUGGAUCAAAACAGUUCAUCCGAGGAAAGCCCAUUCGUUGGGGUUAUAAGGUAUGGGUGGGAACAACUAAAAAGGGGUACAUUGAAUGGUUUGAGCCGUAUCAAGGGUCCACAACUAUUAUUUCUGAAAAAUAUCGUCCUCUUGGCUUAGGGGCUAGUGUUGUACUUCAGUUUGCUGAUAUUAUUCAGUCUCAAUGUGAAAAAGCUCCUUUCCAUAUCUUUUGUGACAAUUUUUUUACGUCAUUACGUCUGUUGGCUGAGCUGACCUCCAGGGAGCUCAAAAGUACAGGAACUCUGCGAGAAAACAGACUCAGGAGAUCAAAUUGCCCUCUUGAAAAAUUCAGUAUGUUCAAGAAAAAAUCCCGUGGUAGUUUUGAUUAUCUUUUAGAGGAGAACCAAAAUAAUAUUGUAUGUAAAUGGAAUGACAAUAGUGUUGUUACAAUCGCCUCAAAUGUAACAUCUCCUUUUCCGACACAGCAAGUCAAACGCUUCUCUCAGAAAGAAAAGAAAAUGAUACAUGUUGAGCAGCCAUGUUUGAUCAAAAAAUACAACGAAAACAUGGGCGGUGUUGAUAGGGCUGGCCAAAAUAUAAGCCUUUACCGCGUAGGAAUCAGAGGAAAGAAGUAG